AUGCGUUUCUCUAUUUUAGCCCUUGUGACCUUCAUUGGCCUAGCGCUUGCUACGCCCAUCGAAGCUGGAAAAGACUCAGCGGCUUCUGUUCAGGUCAACAACUGCUACACACUCUGCAAGAUCGAUGGCGGGGUAUGUUCAUCUCGUUUCCAUGACUUUGAUUGUUACCUAAUGAUAGCAAUUACAGAGCACCAGGUCUCACUCCUGGUUAUCGGUUGA